AUUUGACGGGAGUUUAACGGUUCCGAGUUGUAGUCCAGACUCCCCGAGUUUCCUAAUGACAAUUUCCUCAUUCCUCGUCCCUCGAUCCCGCCGGCCACUGCCUGACGGUGUAUACUGAAUUGUGAAUCGUGAUCACUUGUAGUAAAGUCUUUUAUUUAAUAUUUAUUACUUGAUAUUCAAAUGUCAUUUUUACACGCUUAUUAUUAUAUUUAGCGAUAUAUUACCUAUUCUUAUUUCUUGAAUAUUUGAAAUUAAUUAUUAAUUAUCACCAUCGUAUACCAGUAUUAUUAUAGUGUUAUAUACUAAUACUGGUUGCGAUUGUAUUUAACAUACCUACAUUAUAUUUAGUUAGAUUUUUACAGUUACUCUGAUGUCUUGUUUGUGAAUUUUUUUUCAAUAAUUUAAUAUUCGCCUGAACACGAACACAAUUUUCACACUUUAGUCUACCUACGCCAUUGUAACGUAGCUCGUUCAUUGUUGUAACAUCACAAUAUCACACAUUAGACACCUACCAUGGCUACCAAAAACAGAUCUCGAAUCAUAAUGAAGGAAAACAGAAUUCCAAUAGGAAAGAAAAAAGAAAAUAUAGAAAAGAUUGUAGAACUAAAAAAAAAUGAGAAAUUGGUUGUUGAUCAUGUCAUUUCAAAAACAAAGACAUUGAAGACAUCAAAAAUAUCUAAGAAAACAAAUAAAACCAAUGAAUAUAAACUUGUUAACAUUAAUGUUGAACCUACUGAUACAUCGUUAACGAUUCCAAUUAAAAAACCAAGAAUCAAUCUAAGUACAAUUAAAGAAUUGAAAGAAUUUGAAGAAAAAUCCAAUACCAAAACUAUAUUGAAUAAAAUAAAGAUUGUAAAAGAUGAUACACCAACAUUGAUUGAAAAAGAAAAUAAUUUACAAGAAGAUGUUGAUAAUAUAGACAAUUUAAAUAACACAAUUGACGAAAUGAAACUGGUUGUCCCUGAAAUUGUACUGAGUCCUUUCGUUUGUACAACACGUGGCCAAAAGUGGAAACCAAGUCCUCGCAAACCUCCAAAAUUAUCUGAGCUCUAUGAUCAAUAUGAAGAUAACACUAUUGCUGAUAAUUAUAGGAAAAAAUUGGACAGAAAAACUAUUGAACUACAAAAUAAAGUUAAAUAUUGGGCAGAAUUAUCUUCGGAAAAAGGCAGUGAAGUUCCACAAUCUGUCAAAGAUGAAAUAGAUGUUGCUUGUGGACAAACAAAACUUUUGACAACUGAUAAAUUUAUGCAAAUGCGUACUCUGAUAAAUGAAUAUGAUAAUAAGUCUGGGCAAAUGCUCAUAACCACAGACGAUUUAGAUGGCUUUUGGGAUAUGCUUUUGUUACAAGUUGAAAAAUUAGAAGGCCAAUUUAGUCAACUUGACAUAUUGGAAAAAAAUAAUUGGGCUCCAUUAAAACCAAUUGCUAAAAAGGUAAUUAAUAGACUACCAACAGUAUAUAAACGUCCAGUGGUAAAAUCGAAAUUUGCAGAUUUUAUUAAAAACCAAAAUUCUAAGGAAAAGAAAGCUACACCUAAUAGUACAAACUCUAAUGAAAAAAAUGAUUCGAGUAACUCAAAGUUCAAUGAAAUGAAACUGUCUAAUAACACUUAUCUAACUUCAAGUACUCCAACUACUUCAAAUCAAAAAAAUACAAGUUUUACCCCAGUACUGUUGAAGACCAUAGAAUUAUCAUAUGUGGCUCGUAGAUCAGGCAUGACUCCAAUAGUACUAGCUACACCACAUGUAUCUCCAUUAAAACCGGCAUUGAAAAAUCCUGAAAAUGAGAAAGGGACAAAGCGCAAAAACAUACAAUUUGAAUCUCCUAAAAAAAUUGUUGAUGGAUUUGUAACACCUGAAAACUCAUGCAAUGAUGAUAUAAGCCAUAAAACCAUUAAAAACAGAGUUGUCACCCCUCACGCUUUAAAAACAUCCAAGGUAAACCAGAACAAGGUUAUUAGAUCUCAGAACAACCCCAUUAGUUCAUCAACCACUAACCACACUGGCAAUAAAAUUAACCUAAAAAGGACUAUCAAAGCACAAACAGAAAAGAAGGAGACAAUAAAUAAAAAGUUUGUUGAUGAGCAGGAUGGCAAAUCAUCUAUAAGGCGUUCUUCUAGAUUGGCCAACAAACCUUUAAAAAAUUACAAAUGUUAAUAUAAAUUUUAUGAUUUUUGUAUACAUUUUUUUUUUUUUUAUUAGUUAACAAAAUGUUUAAAUUUAAAACAUAUCAUCAACAAGUAAACCUAGAAAUCAAGAUUCUCGACAAAGAUGAUUAACUUGUGUUGUAGUAUUUUAUUCAAAUGUUUUAUUCUGAUUUUUUUUUUAAUUAUCAUUAAACAUUUAUUUAUUUUUAAACAAA